AUGAGAAGAGAUUCGGAUGUUUCUUUUAUUGCCUUUCAAGAAACUCAAUUAUCGGAUAUGGGGGAAGUCGACUCGGCUAAAUUCUGGGGUGAUAAUGAUUUCGAUAUGGAUUGGGUUGCGGCCAAUGGUAGAUCGGGAGGUUUAUUGAGUAUGUGGGACCCGAAGAUUUUCAAGAAGGUCGAGACGAUUAAAGAUCAGCACUACCUUCUGUUUAGAGGGAUAGUUUGCGGUUCAAAUAAAGAAAUUAACUUGGUUAACGUAUAUGCGCCUCAAAGAGUUCCGGAAAAAUCGCUUCUGUGGGAUAAAAUUUUGGGUUUGUUAAACUCCUACCCGGGGCAGUGGGUUAUUAUGGGGGAUUUCAACGUUGUCCGGAGCCCGAAAGAAAGAAAGAAUUCUAGUUUCAAGGUGUCCUGUGCUAGAGCUUUUAACGCUUUCAUUAACGAAGCUGGGCUGUUGGAAUAUGAGAUGAUGGGAAGAAAAUACACUUUCUUGGUUGAGAACGGUUCUAAAAUGAGUAAGAUUGACCGCUUUCUUGUUUGUUUCAGUUUUUUUAGUGAUUGGCCAGAUGCUUGCCUGAGGGCUCUGCCUAGAACGCAUUCAGAUCAUAACCCUAUUGUAUUGACAACGGCCAAAAAGAAUUUUGGUGCCCGUCCGUUUAGAGUUUUUAACUCAUGGUUAGAUAAGGAAGGAUAUGUGGAAACGGUUGAAAAAGCGGCGACGGAUUUUAUAGGGAUGGAGGAGCCCCCGGAUGUGGUGUUAAGCAAAAAAUUCAAAUUUGUGAGAGAUUCUAUUAAAAAUUGGAGGGAGGUUAUGAUACAUAGAGAAAAUGAGGAAGAGGAAACUCUUAGAGAAGAAUUGGAAAAUCUGGAAGUUACGGCUGAAGUUAGGGAUCUGGAGGAGGACGAAGUCUGGGUUAAAGCUGAAUGUAAGAAAAACUUGGGGAUUUUAGAGCGUAACAAAACUAGAGACCUCAAACAAAGAUCUAGAAUCCGAUGGGCUAUCGAUGGUGACGAAAACACGUCCUUUUUUCAUGGGGUGGUAAAUAGAAGAAAAGCCUCUAAUACUAUACAUGGAUUGUCUAUAAAUGGAAGUUGGGUUCAAAAACCCACAGUCAUCAAAGGGAGGUUCUAUCAUUCUUCAGGAACCUUUUUUCUGAAUCUCUCACAAGUAGACAUAGUUUGCUUUGUCCAGGGUUACGCUCGCUAUCUGAAAGGGAGAGGUCUAAUAUCGAACUGCCGCUCUCUGAAAAGGAAAUUAAAGAGGCUGUUUUUCAAUGCGGGUCGGAUCGGGCUCCCGGCCCAGAUGGCUUAA